AUGGCGCGCGUAAGCAAUCUACGUUGGCUUCCGCUCCUCCUACUCUCUGCUCUUUGCUUGUUCUCAAAUGCAACUCCCCUCGCAACUCGACAACCCAUGUGUACCGAUUUUACCAUCCCCGUCACUAUCCACGCCCAGAAUCAGGAUCUAUCUGUGGUCACUGCCCCCACAUUUAACAUUACCGUUGAUGGAACAUUCAAUAUUUUUGCACGUUAUUGCGAGCCGCAGGUCAACCUUCCCUAUCAUGGUGAUAUUCUUCAAUUUUUGGUUCACGGCCUAACCUACACCAACAAGUAUUGGACCGCUGAUGGCUGGGAUCGCAAUAGCUGGGUAAGCUGGGCCUCGGUCAGCGGUUACCCAACUCUCGCCAUCGAUUGUCUAGGCAGUGGCAAUUCAUCCCAUCCUGACCCCAAUCUUGUGGUUCAAAUGCAAGCUCAAGUUGAGACACUUCACCGGAUUCUCACCCUCAUCCGUUCAACUAAUUCACCACUCCCUCGCCGCUACAACAAGAUCAUCUACGCAGGUCACAGUUACGGGUCCCUGCUCGGCAACGCCUUGGUCACCAAGUACCCGACAGAUGUCAAUGUAUUGGUUCUCACGGGCUACAGCUCCAGCCUUGUCACAAGCAUCAAUGCCACAUUGCUCCCUGCCCAGAUUACCAAUCCAUCUAAGUUCGGAAGUCUUCCACCCGAAUACCUACAAUUUGCCGACAAGGAAGGUUUCCGAGAUACAUUCUACCACGUCAAUGAUUAUAGUGAGGAUAUUUUCGAACUCGACUAUAGCCUUCAAGGCACAAUGGCCACGGGUGAAGUUGCCACUAUAACACAAGGUCUCGUUGUUGCUUCCGGCUUUACAGGUCCUGUGUACGUGGUGACUGGAAAAUAUGAUACCCUCUUCUGCAAUUCAGGUGGAGCGGUAGACUGUGGGACGAACACCGCCGGAUUCCUGCCUAAUACUCGACAAUUGUUCCCUGCUGCAAACCCAUUUGAUGUGGCGGUCCUAGAUAAUGCGGGGCAUUGUUGGCUGAUGCACUAUGCCGGCAUCAUUGGUGUCGUGAAGGUAAUGGGAUGGUUGACAACGGUGGGUUACUGA